AUGAGGCUCCUUCUGCUGCUCUGCUUGGCCCUGCUGGCCACCUGCAGCUUCUCCCUGGAGCAGGAGGUGGGUGCAGGAUCUGGAGCAGAAGCUCUACCAGAAGUCACCCCUGAGACCUUCAUUGCCUACAAAGUCCGGGAGGUUUUCCCCAGCAGCCGCAGGGUUGUCAUAACGUGUCACUCACCCCGGGCUCCCCCGCCCAUCACCUACUCCCUCUGGGGGAGCCAGGGCGUUGAGGUCGCCAAGAAGGUGGUCAAGACCGGAGACCCGGCCUCCUUCAGCAUCAACAUCACCCUCAAGUCCAGGCCAGAACUUCUCACCUACUCCUGCCGGGCAGCCUCCCUCCGGGGCGAGCACUCCGCCAGCACCAAGCUGCAGAUGUACUGGGAGCUGUGGGCCAAGCCUAUGGCCCAGCCACGGGCUAACUUCGUCUUGCUGGAGAGAGGAUCGGGCCCCAGGGUAGAGAUUUCCUGCCAGGUGUCCUCGGGCAGCCCACCCAUCACCUACAGCCUGGUCAGGAAGGACGGGUACGUCCAUAGGCAGCAGAGACCGACCUAUGGGCAGCCUGCCAACUUCUCCUUCCCACUUACCCGGACAUCGAACUGGCUCCGGUGCCAGGCUGAAAACGACAUCAGUGUCCAGUCCAGCCCCUUCAGGCUGGUGCCCCCAGGACACCUGCCCCAGGGACCUGUCUUGGUGCUGGCUGGCAGCCUCACCUCCAUUGCAGCUGUCACCUCCUGGGUGCUGGGCCCAGCCUUGUGGACCAGGUUGUGAGCAGAAGAGGCAGGCGUGGCAAAGUCCCCUCAGGAGGGCUCUGGUCUUUGUCUGCUACAGAAGGACCCACCAUUUGAAUGAAGGAAAAGCCUGCCAGCUCUGAUUCCUGGAGCCUAGUGUCCUUCCGGCAACACACAUGCUGCUAGUCUGAUGAUUUUGGGUUGGGGUGGGCUGUGACGGAAGGAGAGGUCCACAGGAAGGAGGGGGCUCAACUCUCAGUUGCUUGUCAUCAUCCAUGCGAGUCUGGGGAGAGAGUGGGGUACAUUGUGAUAAGGCCCAGCUGCGCCAACCCACCUCCCCGCAGCUGCUCCCUUCCUCCCUGGAGUGGCACCCCAUCUCCGGGUGGCCUAGUCCUCUGGCCCCAGCUAGUCAUCUCUCACUGUCCAGCUCACCUGGGAGGACCCAAGCCCUCCCUGGCCAGCAUCCCCUUCUGAAUCCUUACCUGCAAGUAGCAAAAAAAGUGUCUGCAGUUUUUCCCUGCAGUCACCCGGACCCCCCCAGCCUAACCCCACUCAGCCUUCGCCGCCAGAUGCUUGA